GUGCGGUAAGCUGCUGCAGUAAGAAUGCAGGGACGUUGUGAGCGUGGUCAGAGUCCGAGUGGCAGGUCGGUCGCGCGCGUCCUAAUCUUAACCCGCAACGACGAUCACGACUGCGACGACCCCUCUUUCGGCGACGAUGUCGAGCUCAAACAAGUCAUCUAAGCACUCGUCGUCGCCGUCCUCCACGCCCUCUACUCCCCACAGCUCGAAGCUGCCCAAGUUCUUGCAGAAACAGCGGGAUCGGUCAAAGUCUGUAGUCGAGCCUUCACACAGCGCAGGCAGCUCGUCUUCUUCUAUCUCAGAGCUCCCACGACCCCAGAGCAGUACACGAAGUUCCUUGAUACGGAAGUCGAGCAGGAAAAGCGGGCCAACGUCGCCUAGAGAGAGCGUGGACAAGCGGCAAGAUAUCCCACCAAGCGAUAGCCCGGGCGUCGAGCAGGUCGCCGCCGAACCACAACCAAGCCAAGACGGCGGCGAAGAGACCCCCGUUAUUGUUGAGCCCAUUGCCAUUCCCCGCACGCGUACAAGAUCAGACCGGCCAGUCUCGGAGAAUUACCCUCCAGUAUCCUAUUAUCCCUCAUCGUCCAACGCCCGCCUGUCCGACUUGCCGAGCAGACUCUCGGGCUGGUUCUCGCACACGUUCAGCUCGUCUUCUAACGACCUCUCGCUGCCACAGCUGCUCUCACAACAGCACAUAUCUGCACCAAAUUCUUCGCCGAAAGGGAAAGGUUCCGCGCUCCUAACCGCUGCCAAGCACGGCAAGGGCCACCUCGACAAGGCCAUGCGGUAUCUACUCGACAGCGAUGCCGUGCCAGACAAAUGCACCGAAUCCAUCUGGUUGCUCGGCUUUGAGCAUCCUGGCUAUGAGCCAGGUGCAAGCCCUCCGUCCUCUAUUGGUCGUCGCGGCUCCGUUGGCUCGCGUCAUUCGCCGUCGUCGCACACACCUCUCUCGUCAUCGCCAACAUCUGCCGUACUAGGGAUGGAUCCACCACUAUCGCAGUCUCAGCCUGCGUCGUCGAGCCCAUCGAAGGAUCCCGGACGACACUGGCCCCCUGUGUUCUAUGCCGACUUCACGUCUCGGAUCUGGCUCACCUACCGCUCGCAGUUUCUACCUAUCCGGGAUAUGUCGCUCGAGGAGUUGAAUGCAGCGCCAGAGUCAGCAGCGCUGAGUACAGGUUCUCAAGCAAAGAAGUGGAGCUGGUCGUUGAGUGGGGACAAGUGUUGGUCGAGCGAUGCUGGGUGGGGGUGUAUGCUGCGGACGGGACAGUCGUUGCUGGCCAAUGCGCUGAUCCACGUGCAUUUGGGGCGAGAUUGGCGGAAACCCCCACAUCCGGUGCCCACGUCAGACUACGCGACCUAUAUACAGAUCAUCACAUGGUUCUUCGACGACCCUUCCUUGCUAUGUCCUUUCAGCGUGCACCGGAUGGCUCUUGUUGGCAAGCAGCUGGGAGUCAAGGUUGGACAAUGGUUCGGGCCGAGUACAGCUGCAGGUGCAAUCAAGUACGUAUCCGCUCACUCGUCCAUGGUUCCUAACCAACCAGCCCGCAGGACCUUGGUGCAUGCCUUCCCAGAAGCUGGCCUGGGUAUUUACGUCGCCGCCGACGGUGGAACGAUCUAUGAUUCCGAGGUGUUCGCCGCGUCGCAUAGCGGCAUUGGCUCGCCACGCCGACAUACCCGAAGGGUCUGGGGAGACCGUCCAGUGCUGAUCCUGAUUGGCCACCGUCUCGGAAUCGAUGGCGUGAAUCCUAUCUAUUAUGAUACCCUGAAGACAUUGUAUACUUGGCCUCAGUCUGUCGGCAUCGCCGGUGGACGACCAUCUUCCUCGUACUACUUCGUUGGCUCUCAAGCGGACAAUUUGUUCUAUCUUGAUCCUCACCAUGCUCGCCCCACCAUUCCCCUCCGCCCACCACCGGCAGCCGAACAAUCAUCUCCCCUGAUAUCACCUAGCGCAUCGAGGCACAGCUCGACGUCGCCAGAACCACAGUCCCCUUCAGAUCGUGGAUCACCCCGUUCACCUGCCAAGCACAUCCGAACGCCGACAUCCCCAGUGUCAGUUCGUUCGGGCUCCUCGUUCUCGCGUAUUACGCCCCCAUCCCCGCUUCAGCAUCAGAUCUCCACCUCUUCCAGCGCGACGACUGCGUCGUACGUCACCACCACGUCUCAAACCCACUCCUCUGGCUCACAUGCUCGCUGGGGAACGUCAAGUGCGGUGCCGGACGACUCGGAGAUGGACUCGAGAGAGCUUGGAAUCGAGGGCGAAGAUCUUGACCCCGUGCAAAGGCACUACUGCAUGGCGUACUCUGCGACGGAGCUCAAGACGUUCCAUUGUGACCGCGUCAGGAAGAUGCCCCUGUCUAGUCUCGACCCGAGCAUGCUUAUUGGCUUCCUGUGCAAAGAUGAGUCAGAGUGGCAGGAUCUGAAGUCGCGCAUUAAUGAGCUCAGCCGCAAAUCUAAAUCACCCGUGUUUCACCUUCAAGAUGAACCGCCAAAUUGGAACUCGGACAUGGAGAUGGGUCUGGAGAGCAUCUCAGAGCCUGACAUCGACCUGCCGGACGAGGAUGACGAGUUUGCCGAUGCCGAUGACCGCAUGCGUGAAAGCUCUGCGUCGCCGGACACCAGCCUGCCGAGUACCAGCUCCAAGAAGUCUGUUGAAGAGGAUGACACGGAGGAUGACCCAGUCGAUCCCAUAACCCCUGGCCCGGGACGAAGCGCAUUCUCUGACAUCCGUGCGCCGGGCCACCUUGAGAAGCAGCCCAGCACGAGCACGACAGCCAGCUCGCGCGCAGACUCGCUUAGCUUCGACGACGAGGAUGACGAGGAAUGGGAGGCACCGGAAGUCACACCACACCCAGAUCACAGUCCGUCGUCGUCACUGCGCGACCCGCCAGAGCUGCUCGACUCACAGGCGACGAUCACGCGCGAGACGAGCGAAAGCUCCGCCUCAGACUCUGGGCGUGCGCAUCGGAAGAAGGCUAAAAAGAAACACGCAAAGCCCAAGAUCGAGCAGUAUCCGUUCCCGGCGACGUAUCACGACGCGAGCGAGGAGCCCGUCGCGCCGAUUGAGCGCCGCAUCCCGCAGAUGCGCACCCAGAAGGCGCGCGACGGCGGGCGUACGCAGAGCGGGGGCGUCCGGGGCAUACCCGCCGAUGAUCUCGAUGACUCAUAGCGCGCCCACUUGAGCGGUGCCGUCUUCUGCCGUCUUUCAUGGUCACUCUACACGCCUACCUUCUCACUGUACACGUUUACACCUGUCCUUCUUGCCUGUAUCCUUGCCUGCACCUGAGAGGCGCGUGCCUCUCCAUACCCCCUUUGCCAAUGUACCCCUAUUGACCUUGGAAACUAUUUGCUGUACUUCUUCCCUCGUGUUCAGCUCGCCGUCCGUUUGCGCUGCAGCUACCUUUUUCCUGGCGUCUUGAACGGAUCGUGCGGUAUUGUCAGAUCCAUAUACCCUCUCAUCCCGAAAGUACAUGCAAUGCGACAUCGCACUAUCAGUGUUCAUCCUUUUGUUUGUAGCAACAAUUCUCAUGCUCGAGUUUCUUCUUCUUCUUCUGCGUUGUCAGUGUUUUGUAGUAUACAGAAUCGAUGUAUUUGCAGACUGCCCAGCCCUGCGGAGUAACGCGAGCGCGGAGAACCGGGACAACGGGUGAGUGUAUACAAGACAGACGCCAACGGGAAAAUGAUAGACGACAAAAGAAGUAUCCUAGAUUGAGUAGUCCUAGUCAACAACUAUGCUAUAGGGUGCUAUGUUUAAAUAUGCUGAUGUUUUGUAACAAACCCAGGAAGCGCGAAGGCUAUAUCCGGGAGAGAAGAAGUACAGUUGAUAAUAACCCAUGAAGUCGGCCGUUCUACGACCCGCAGCACGAGGUGCCUCGCCACGUCCGCGAGCCGUCGCCGUCCUGCAGGCGGAUCGUGUCCGAGCUCGGGUCGUCCAUGUGCAGCAUGCGCGCCUCCACCGCCUCCUCGUACUCCAGCCUCUUGACCACACGCCGCGCGACGUACUCGAAGACGUCCGCGACGCCCUCGCCCGUCUUGGCGGACGUGAAGAACAGCUUCGCGCCCCGCUCUAGCGGCGGCGGCGGCGGCGGCGGCGGCACAGGGAGCGAGUGCGCCGCAGCCGGCGAGGGCGUCACCGGGCGCGCAGGCGUCGUGGCGCGCGUGCUGCCGCUCGAGCGGCCGUACAGGCUCGGCGUGAUCGUCUGCGUGUCGGAGAGCGUGGACGAGAAGGACGGCUGCCGGCGCGCGGUGCGCACGGGCGACGCGCUGGGCGAGCGCGAGCGCGUCGGGGUCGAGAUGCGCGAGUGGCGCACGGGCGACGAGCGUGCGGACUCGAAGGUGUCGAAGAUCG